CUCCAACAUGGCACAAUACUCGCAGUCAUGGCUAAUCAGCCUCUCUCUUGCCAUCUUAAUGGUAUUCGCUCUCGUUGACGCAACUUCUGCCCGUCCGCCUCUUCAGCGGCGCGCUGGCCUUCAACCAUCCGUAACUGGCAGCCUCUAUCCCAUGUCAACCGGCCAGAGCACAUACCCAAGGGCCAGCUUCCGCUCCGACGGUACCAUCCUUGGCGCCUACACCGCUAUCGCCAACGGUGAAACCAUCAUUACCCUCACCUCGAGCUCCGACUCAGGCGCGACGUGGAGCGUCCUCGGCACUGCCGCGCGCGGCCCGGCUAACACGACUGAUAUCGACAACCCCUAUCCCAUAGAGCUGCCCUCGGGUCGCCUGCUCGUCGCGUACCGAAGCCACGACCAGACGGCUGGCGUCGAGGAUGCGUGGACGUAUUACCGCCUCAUUGUCUCUUACUCGGACGACGGCGGCGCGAACUGGGACUACUUAAGCACGCCGGCACAGGAGCCCGGCCCGACGACGGGCGUGUGGGAGCCCUUUAUGCGCAUGGCCGAUGAUGGCGAGACGCUGCAACUGUACUACUCCCGCGAGACGACAGACAUCGACCAAGACAGCCUGAUCAAGACGUCGACGGAUGGUGGCAAGACAUGGUCAGAAGCGCGCACGUUUACCGGUUUGAACCUGACGAAGAAUCGGGAUGGGAUGCUUGGCGUAGCCAAGACAAAUGACGAGGGCGGGUUGAUUGCCGUGUUUGAGACGGAGACGGAUGGCAGCAACUUUCAUAUCGGGGCUGUUAGUUCGUCGGAUGAUGGCCUUACGUGGACGGAUCGGAGGAUCGUGCACGAAACAGAGUCUAAUAAUUCUGCGCCGCAGGUCACUAACGUAGGAGGUACAUUGGUGGUGAGCUUCCAGACGAAUGAGGACGGGGAUUACGCAGUAAAGGUCGUAACAAGCAAGGACGGCAAGAACUGGGGAGACAAGACGACGGUAAUGACGGCGACUAGUAAAUGGGCAGGGUUGUUGACGCUGGAUGAUAGCAGCUUUCUGGUAAUGGCUGGGCAUAACGGCGUCGCUAGUGCGCAGAAGGUAAUACUGGCCUGAGAAUAAUGUAUAGGGUAACGAUGUCGCUGCUUUAUUAAUAGUUCUAUGUAAAUUCUAGAACGGCUAGAGAAG